UGCCCACCCAAACACGCACUUCACAAUUGCAUUUGUGCGGUUGAAGGCUUUUAAGCCAUUAUUUUACGCGUUUCUUCCACCACCUCUGCCUCUAAUCGCCUUCCUCGGCGAGAUGUUCUCGGGCCUAACACCGGUUAUCAAUUCCCUAAACUCGUCGGUGGAAUCAAUUAUUUUUCAAAUUCCGGUGAGUUUUCAAACCCUUCUUAAUUUGUCCGAUCAUUUCCUUACGUUUCUCCGGCGAGUUUCGUCAGAUUACGGUGUAGGACUCGAGCACUGUACUACAAGUGUCAGUGGGUCCAGGGCUUCUGUAGCAGCAGUCAUGUUUGCCUCUUUCGCUUGUUUACUUUACUGUAAGAAGAAGAAGAGAGCAUGUGUAAACCGCGCUGUUGCGUCGGUUACUUCUACCGAGGCCGGAGAGUCGCCGGAACCUUGGACAGAAGCGUCGACCGUGAAAGCAUUAAUUAACGAAGCACCCUUCAGUGGACAUAAAGGUGAGAUCAUCGCAGUAUCAGAUGCUAAGUAUGCAGAAGAAUUGCAGGUCCAAGAAGCUUUAUUGGCCUCUCUACUCCCUACUCAGAUGGGAAACACUGCUUCUUCCUCUAUGCAAGCAAGACCAAUGUUGAAUUCCGAGCUGAUGGAGAUUGCAAAGGAAGCUGAAGAACCAUCACAAAGCUUCUGUGAGAUUUGCUUGGAAAACAAGGAAAGUUGGCAGAUGUUUGAAAAUAACAGAUGUUCACACUCCUUUUGUUAUGACUGCACAAGUAAACAUAUUGUGGCAAAGAUCCAAGAGAACGUAAAAAUGGUUCUCUGUCCAGGAGUCAAUUGCAAUGCCACGCUUGAUUUUAAUGCUUGCAGAUGGAUGAUCCCUAGAGAGGUCCUUGUUUGCUGGGAUGAGACACUAUGCAACUCCCUGAUUCUCGAAUCUCAGAAAUUGUAUUGCCCUUUCAGAGACUGUUCAGCCAUGUUGGUAAAUGAUUGUGCCGAUUGCAUCAACAAAAUCAAGUGUCCCAUAUGCCAAAGAUCUUUCUGUGCCCUCUGUUGUGUCCCAUGGCAUUCGGAUUUUACAUGCAAGGAGUAUCAGAAACUGAAUGCAAAGAAGACGGGGAAAGAAGAGGUCAUGGUGAAGUCACUUGCUAAGAAGAAAAUGUGGCAGAAAUGUCCCCGUUGCAAAAUGUAUGUUGAAAAAGCUGAGGGUUGUUGGCAUAUUACAUGCAGGUGCUCAUAUGAAUUUUGCUACAGGUGUGGAUCAAAGUGGAGUGGAUCUCAUAGCAAAUGCCGCGUAAGAACAUGACUACAAUUUAGUCUGAGUAGAGUACAGAGAGUUGCACCGAAAUGAUAGACCUUGAAAUCCAGGGCCGCUUGUGGGUCGCCUUGUUUGAGAAAAUGGAAUGACCCAAAUCAUGUUAGUAUUGUAUAUAAUAACCCUGUAUAUUUCAGUGUUUUGUUUGACCUGGAGCAUUGGGAGCAUUAUUUGAUUGUUAUAUCAAAAACUUUCACUGGAAUAUUUGUAGGUGGAAUGGUAUUGCAAUUAAACCGCCGCAUUGCAAUCCUACUUUGAAUGAUUUGUGUUUCUCUCAGUUUUGUGGAUGAAUAG